AUGGUUAGGAGCAAACGUGGUCGGAAUAUUGAGGAUCGGCUGAAAAUGUGGCAAGCAGAUCCAAUUUUUGAAGUAUUGUUGCGGUCGAAGCCCGAUGCCAUGCAACGAGUUCAUCCCAUCGCUGGGGACUGCAGCGAGCCAGAUUUGGGAAUUAGUGAGCAGGAUAAAAGGAUCCUGACUUCAGAGGUACAGGUAGUAAUCCAUGGAGCAGCCACUGUGCGAUUUUCAGAGCCCCUUCAUGUCGCCCUGGCAAUAAAUACUCGUGCCACCCGGUUGAUGCUCCAACUGGCCAAGGAAAUGAAGAAGCUGGUUGCAUAUUUGCAUGUUUCCACUGCCUACUCCAACAGCGUGUUGUUCCGCAUCGAAGAGAAGUUUUACCCGGAGCUGUUGACCUGUGGGUCGGAGAAGGUCCUGGCUUUGAGUGAGCUGGUCAGCGACCAAGUACUGGACGGCAUGGAGCCCGCUCUAAGGGGCGACUUUCCCAAUACCUAUACCUACACCAAAGCCUUGGCAGAAGAUGUCAUCCUCAAAGAAGCUGGUAGCCUACCGGUCAGCAUAUUUCGACCUUCCUUUAUUAUUCCCACCUACAAAGAGCCAUUAGUUGGAUGGAUAGACAACCUUUAUGGACCAAUUGGGAUGAUGUACGGAAUCGCCUUUGGCGUUCUUCGAGUGGUGAGCUUCAAAGAAAAUGCGCUCAGUAGCAUGGUGCCGGUGGACUACGCAGCCAAUGUAGCACUUGCCACCGUUUGUAAAGCUUCAAUGGACAAGCAAAUAACGCUAAGAAAUUCCAUCGAUGUUCCACCUAAGAUUUACGCAUUUGGAUCCAGCAAGAACAUACUCAGGGACCAGUUGUCGUCAGAAGAAAAAACCAUCUACGAAUUUGACAUGGAGAGUCUGAACUGGAAGGAUUAUUGGAGCCAAGCUCUAAAUGGUAUGAGAGUCUACCUAGGAAAAGAACCCAAUACCAUGGAGUCUAUAACUCAAGCCCAGCGACUACUAUGGAAGUGA